AUCGGCCAACUCUAUUAUCCUUUUAUACUUUUUCAACCCCAACUCUUUUUCCAAAUUUCAGUUAGGUUCCGUAACCCCCACCGGCCAACACGAUUGGUCGAUAUCCAUUUCAUUCAUCCGUCUCCACUCUUCUCCUCCGCUGCUGCUCAUGUGAACACUGCGAGAUAAUCACCUGAAAUUCUACGCCCGAUCUCAAAUUCUCAACCUCAAAUGGCCGCCAAAUUUCCAUCGUAAAUCCACAUCCGAAGAAUUCGGGUUCGUAUGGCGUCAGCAAUAUCGCCGGUCCCCGUUAUUUGCUCCGCAAGAGCCACUCAGAGCACCAAGAGGAGUCCCUUGAAGAGAGACAGUAAAAGCGUCGGCCUCGACAAGGAGCAGAGGCCGAGCAGGAAUGGUGGUGGGCUGAGGAACGUCGUUGAAGUCGUGCAGAAAGACAUAGCGUUUUUGAAAGCGGGUUUUAGCAAGGGAUUGCGGUGGGCCAACAAAGCGUUUCGAGUUCCGGAGGUGUCGAAGUCCGUGGAGGAUCUGAUAUGGCUGCGGAAUGUGGAGGACCCUCAGGCGGUGUCCUCUGGGUUUCCGUCUUGGCCUGAGCCUUACUAUCCAGAGCUCUCUGGUGUUGAUCUAUUUCUGGCUGAUCUCAAAGCCAUGGAGGUUUAUGCUAGCUAUUUUUAUUAUCUAUCCAAGAUGUGGACAAAGCCUCUUCCUGAAAUGUAUGAUGCAGAGGAAGUUACAGAAUAUUUCACCUUGAGGCCUCAUGUAGUAGGUCUCCGACUUCUUGAGGUCUUUAUUGCCUUUGUUUCCGCCACAAUCAAAUUCAGGAUUUCUUCAAUCAGUUCUGCUGCAGAGGCACAUGCUGGAGGAAAUGAUUCUGAUUACAAUUUUGGGAUGGUAUUGAAAGAAACAAUGUUAAACCUGGGACCCACUUUUAUAAAAGUUGGUCAGUCCCUUUCUACAAGACCAGAUAUUACAGGUUAUGGAAUUUCAAAGGCACUUUCAGAGCUGCAUGAUCAGAUCCCUCCUUUCCCCCGGGCUAAAGCAAUGAAAAUCAUUGAAGAAGAAUUAGGCUCUCCUGUGGAGACAUUUUUUAGCUUUGUCUCUGAGGAACCUGUGGCUGCAGCUUCAUUUGGGCAGGUUUACAAGGCAAGUACACAUGAUGGGCUUGAUGUUGCUGUGAAAGUUCAGCGUCCCGACUUACGCCAUGUUGUUGUUAGAGAUAUUUAUAUCCUUCGUAUUGGGCUAGGAAUUUUGCAAAAGGUAGCAAAAAGGAAAAAUGAUCUUCGUCUGUAUGUGGAUGAACUUGGAAAAGGCUUGGUUGGGGAGUUAGAUUACAACUUGGAGGCAGCUAAUGCUUUAGAAUUCAUGUUUCUUUCUACUCUGCUGAUCCUGAAGUUCAUUCUCGCUUUCAAUUUAUUUGUUCACCAAAAGUAUUACAAGAGAGUUUUAACUAUGGAAUGGAUGGCUGGUGAAAGUCCAAGUGAAUUAAUAUCUAUGUCCACUCAGGAGUCUAGACGAAAGCUUCUUGAUCUGGUUAACAAAGGUGUGGAGGCUUCACUGGUCCAACUUCUUGAGACUGGCCUAAUGCAUGCCGAUCCACAUCCAGGAAAUUUGCGGUACAUACCUGGGAAAAUAGGGUUUCUUGAUUUUGGGUUGCUCUGUCGGAUGGAAAAGAAACACCAAUUUGCAAUGCUUGCUUCCAUUGUGCACUUAGUAAAUUGCGAUUGGGCAAACCUUGUGCAGGAUUUGAUUGAAAUGGAUGUUGUAAGACCUGGAACAAACAUUAGGCGUUUUACCAUGGACCUGGAAGAUGCAUUGGGGGAGUUGGAAUAUAAGGACGGAAUGCCAGAUGUCAAGUUUAGUCGGGUACUGAGUAGAAUUUGGUCUGUAGCACUAAAGUAUCAUUGCCGCAUGCCACCAUACUACGUACUUGUUUUGCGCUCUCUGGCAUCUCUGGAAGGAUUAGCAGUAGCUGCAGAUCCAAGUUUUAAAACAUUUGAAGCUGCAUAUCCGUAUGUUAUCCAGAAGCUUCUUGUUGACAAUUCUGCUGCCACUAGGAAAAUCUUACAUUCGGUUGUAUUUAACAACAGAAGAGAGUUCCAGUGGAAAAGGCUUGCUGUUUUCCUAAGGAUUGGAGCAACUAGGAAACAGCUGCAAUCAUUGGUGCCAGUAAAUACUCAAACUUCUCUCACUCAGUCGGCAGAUGAGGUUGCCCGCACAGUAGAUCUUGCAAAUCUGGCUUUGAAAAUUUUACCAUCUAAAAAUGGUAUUGUCCUAAGAAGGCUCCUUAUGACUGCGGAUGGAGCUUCAUUGGUAAGAGCAUUCGUCUCGAAUGAGGCAAGUCCCUUUCGCCAACAAAUAUGCAAAAUUGCUGCCGAUGUACUUUUCCUAUGGAUGUGUGAAGCUAUACAGAAAGGCCUCUCCUUUGCCAGAAUCCGUAGCCCGGUUCUGGUCCCAGGUGGGGCCCACGGACCACUGAUAAAAUCGAAUGGCAAUGAAUACGAAACCGUCCUCAGAGAUCGACGGCUCAGAAUUAUCUUCUUUAAGCACUUCAACUCUGCCAGGAAGGACCCGUUACUUGUGUUGAGGUUUUUCUGGACUUCGCUCGUAAUCUUGUUCACAGCAUUUUCUGUAGCUUGCGGCAGAGUGUUGGCUUCUCUAACCGGAGAUUAUUUGAGCCGUUUGUCGUAUAAUUCGAACCGAAUUGCAACUGCUGCCUGAGGUGCAUGCAUGCAUGGACACAGGCAUCGGAUGUUGGGGAAGACGAUGGCACCAGGGAUUUAGAUCUGACAAUGUAAAUAACUAAAUAUGCAUAUAAGAUACAUGAGUUACCUUAUUUAAUGCUAAUUCUUACAUUGUAAAUGUGCAUAUAAGUUAAGAUACAUUCUUCAAUUUUUCCUUACUAAUGCAAGUAACCUCAAAUCUUCUAAAUCAAGAUGCCAUGCAUGUAUCAUUUGGCAAAUUUGAUCGAGUGUGUAUUGAUCGGACAGUUAAAAAACCUGUGGGAAGUUGAGUUGAAAUUCAUCCAUUCAUGAUUAAAUACAAUAGUAUCAAUUCCCUUACAAGCAGUUUAUUGAACUUUUAGCUUUCUCUAUGAUUGUUAGUUGGCAUUCAAUCAAAAGGGC